UCAACGAAACGUCUGCCAAGUGGCAAGUCUAAAUAAUUGACCCCACCGUGCGGCUCCGUGCAAACAAUUUACAUCGGCCACACGUAAAUAACGACCUCUCCUCUUCCUUCUUAUUGUGAUUACCGUGUAAAACGCGUGGCCGCCACGCGAAUUGCUCUACGUGGCAUAAACAGUAAAUACACCGUGAACGUCUCCGAAAAAGUACCAGGAAUCGUUUGGACAAUUUAUUUAACCUGAUACGGGAUAAUUAACAGUGCAUUUGGGGACUUCGGUACCUUAGUGUUCGGUGUAUCUGGAAGUGCGUCGUUUAGAAUGUUCGCCGUGUGACGAAUAAUAGGACCCUAUGGAUCAGACAGUGAUCGUGCCGUCGACUCCCCGGGGAACCGUGGACAGUACGAGGAUCAUGAAGAACGAGUCGGACGCGAGUUUGCACCUGCCUGACCAGACUUCCGUCGCCCACGCCAACUCCGCGUCCGUGGUUCCACGAACCGGCCUGUCCAUGUCCAGCAAUUCGAACCAGGAUCAAAGUUUGGACCCGUUGAUGUGCAACCCGUCCAGCACGGAGCUGCCCAGGAAGCCCGGAGCUCGUCGUCAGGAGAAACCACCGUACUCGUACAUAGCUCUGAUAGUGAUGGCGAUUCAGUCGAGUCCCGGCAAGAGGUUGACCCUUUCGGAAAUCUACUCGUUCCUGCAGCAGCACUUCCCGUUCUUCCGCGGGGCUUAUCAAGGCUGGAAGAACUCUGUGAGACACAAUCUGAGCCUGAACGAGUGCUUCAUUAAGCUGCCCAAGGGGCUGGGGAGACCGGGUAAGGGGCACUACUGGACGAUCGACCCGUCGACGGAGUACAUGUUCGAGGAGGGCAGCUUCCGUCGACGGCCCAGAGGCUUCCGUCGCAAGUGUCAGGCCCUGAAGCCUCAGUACCCUCAGUACUUCUCAGGAAGCGGUCCUGUAGGUGUCCAGGCACCUGGCUACGAAAAUCUGACACCAGGUAGCAUGGAGUACCCGAACGGGUACCAGAACCAGUACCAGAAUUACCAGGAGUACGCCAUGUACGCACCCGGAGCGGCGGUGUCCGCCGAUUGGGCCUACCCCGAAGCCACCUACAAGACCCCACCCAUAGCGGAAGUCACCUACAAGACGACGGAAGUGACAUACAAAACCGGGGAGCCGUCGGUGUACAGGAACGGGGAAAUCGUGGCGUUCAAGAGCGAGCCAGGAUACGCGUCCAGGAGUCAGGACCAGCUAGCAUACAGGGCUACCGAGGGGUUCUCCGUGAAGGAUCAUCAGCAGCAUCAUCCCGAGACGGUUUACAAGGAAAACGACACCAUGAUGUCGUACAAGUGUCCCUCUAAUCCUGCGCCGACUACACAGGCUCCGGGACAGGAUUACUAUGUGGGAUAUGGGCUUGCCGGGGUCAAUAAUGCCGGGAGCAAUGUCAAUGUACCCAUGCAGGGAAUUCCGGAACAGACUGGGAAUACUAGUCCUGGGGGAAACGUCAGUUCACCGCAUAGCGGCUGUCAGACACCUGUGACGGACAACGGGAUAAAGAUGCAGUGUUCGAAUUCGAAUUCCAACAGUUCCGGGGGUGGAUUGAUUGAUAGGAAACCAUCCUACUUUGGUCAUCCAGCUGGAUCGGUCACCUUGAGCUCGUUAAGCUCUCUAAGCUCGCUCAACUUGAGCAACAUCGGUGGUUUGAGUAUAUCGAACAUACCCGGUACUGUUUCCUCGAACAUUCAUCACACGACCACGACGCCAUCGACGACGAUGUAUUACGACCAGAUCAAGUACAGUAUGUGAAACGUGCGACGAUCUGGAACAAAGUGUAACGUGUCAUUUGUUAACAUUGAUACAAGUGUUUAUCAGACUCGAGACGACUCUGUUAUCCGAGAGAAGAAACGUGAACGUGUAUGUACAAGUUGUAAAAAAGAACUAUACCGUGUG